UCUUACACUCACAACUCUUCACUGAGAAUUCAACCAUAGGCAAGGUUUUGACACACCGGAGCCAAAUUAAUAAACCCAUGGAGCGUGGGAACAAUUAAAAUGGAUCUUUUUUUCUCGGCAUCUGAUCUGAUCAUUCUAAGUGGAGGCAGUCUUUAGACAUUUUUUUUAACCCAUACAUUGGUCUGAAGCGAACCUCCAUGGGAUAUUUUGGAUGACAGAGGCGCCCCUCCAUCGCGUAUUCCACCGAGAGGAGGACUCGGCGCAUGAUGAAGUGAAGCCUGCGCUCUCGCAGAAAAUUUAGUAUUUCAGCCUGCAGGUGAUUAACUGUUGCAGUUGGGUUUGAAACAAGGCACGCCUUUUGGAUACAACGUCGGGGAAUAACAAGUUGAGCUGUGAAAUUGGUUUCGGAAUGGUCUGAGAAAAUGUGAAAUGUUCCUCUUCGUGCCAAUUUUUUUUGCGGGGAGUGGGAAAUGAAGAAGAUAGGUUCGGUGAUAAAACAUGCUAGGUCGGACAAAUAUUUUUCUCCUGCUUCGUAGGAUUUUUUGCAGUGUGCUCAGUCAACGUGACCGUGGUUAAAAAAAAAAGUGUUCCCAAAUUCCUCAGCGGAUCCAGCUUAAAGUGGAACUCAAAAUAUCGAUUAUGUUUGACAUUCACUGGCUUGAAAUGGUCGUUUAGGAGCCCCUAAAUAAAACUUGGUGGGUAAAAAACACAAAAAACACUCUGAGAAUUGCCGUUUGAUUUCCUUCUUGGCUUUCUGGAGAUGUGAGUCCAGUGGAGACCAGUGCGCACCACGCAGAGUCGCCAAGGCUGCAACGCACAACCCAAUUUUCCAUCGGGGAACCGGGCUUUGCACCGCAGCAUCGUAAGGACGGUCUCGCCUUUCCUCGCCGAAAUGCCUCCAUAUGCACCGAUUCCAUAAAUGGCCAGUGGAUACUGACUCUCCAUGGUGUUCACCGGCCAGGUGUCUCAGAGAAGGCGAAACCUCGGCGGUUUGGUUCAGUAAAUCCUGGACACACCUUUUUUAAUGUCAGUCAAGAUUUCGGCUGGGUUGCCAUGACGAGCGAGGAGUGUCCUGUGCCGCUGGGGAGCCUUUCCUCAGCAGGGCCAGGGCAGAGUGAGGAAUACGGCUCGGCGCACGCUGAUGAUAUCAUUGAGGAAGUGGGUCCAGAAGAUGAUGUCAGCAUCGGCAGUGACCUAAGCACCCUUGUGGUGCCCUUCCCAGAGCUGGCGCCUGUGGUCUUCUUCUGCCUCAAGCAGACCACCUGUCCUCGCAACUGGUGCAUCCGUAUGGUCUCCAGCCCAUGGUUCGAGAGGAUUAGCAUCAUGGUGAUCCUGCUCAACUGUGUGACACUGGGCAUGUACCAGCCCUGUGAGAACAUCGACUGCACCUCGGACCGCUGCCAGAUACUGCAGGCCUUCGAUGCAUUUAUAUACAUCUUCUUUGCAUUGGAGAUGGUCAUAAAGAUGGUGGCUCUUGGGAUCUUUGGCCGUCGCUGUUACCUGGGAGACACCUGGAACAGGCUGGACUUCUUCAUCGUCAUGGCUGGGAUGGUAGAGUACUCACUGGACCUGCAGAACAUCAACCUGUCGGCCAUUCGGACAGUGCGGGUCCUUCGGCCCCUCAAAGCCAUCAACAGAGUGCCAAGUAUGCGUAUCCUGGUGAACCUGCUGCUCGACACUCUACCCAUGCUAGGCAAUGUGCUGCUGCUCUGCUUCUUCGUCUUCUUCAUCUUCGGCAUCAUCGGUGUACAGCUGUGGGCGGGGCUACUGAGGAAUCGUUGCUACCUCGAGGAGAACUUCACUCUCUCUUCAGGUAUGACCCUGCCUCCUCCUUACUACCAGCCAGAGGAGGACGAUGAACGCCCCUUUAUCUGCUCCCUGGCAUCUGAUAAUGGUAUCAUGUCGUGUUCUGAUGUGCCGGCGAGGCGUGAAGGAGGACGCACAUGCUGCUUGGACAAGGAAGAUGCACUCCACAGACAGGCUUUGGGCCUGAGUCCUGAGCCACUGACCAACGGUAGUGGUCCUGGCGAAGCAAUGGGUCUGUGCAUCAACUGGAACCAGUAUUAUACUCGAUGCCACACAGGAAAUAGUAACCCCCACAAAGGUGCCAUCAACUUUGACAACAUUGUCUACGCCUGGAUCGUAAUCUUUCAGGUGAUCACUCUGGAGGGCUGGGUGGAGAUCAUGUAUUACGUAAUGGAUGCCCAUUCCUUCUACAACUUCAUCUACUUCAUUUUACUCAUCAUUAUUGGUUCAUUCUUCAUGAUCAACCUGUGCCUGGUGGUUAUCGCCACCCAGUUCUCAGAGACCAAACAGCGAGAACACCAGCUGAUGCAGGAGCAAAGGGCGCAGUGUCUGUCUUCCUCCACCCUGGCCAGCAUGGCUGAGCCGGGAGAUUGCUACGAGGAGAUCUUCCAGCUGGUCUGCCAUGUCCUCCGCAAGGCUAAGAGGAGAUCGGCGGCUCUCUACUACACACUGAGGGGCAAGCCCCCACCAGCUGGUGGAGGCAGAGGUAACAGGCGCGGUGGAGGAAAUGUGAACAGAGAACGGCAUCAUUCCAGGCACCCAAGAUCAUCCCACUGUCCGCACCAAAACAAGCAAGAUCACGGCUCUCAGCCGCUAGCUAACUCCAUCAGUCUGGCUGUCCCUCAGAACCCUGAGGACUGCCCUAUAUGUGCAUUGUCACUAAAGGAGGGGGUAAGGGCUGUGGGAGACUCCACCAACGGGGAUGAAGAUGAGGAGGAUUCAAUGAAAGAGACGGGGAAGGAGGAGAACCAUCUAGAGGAGAGGGGAGAGGGAGAGAAGAAGAAGAAGAGGAGUUGCUUUGGACACUGUAGAGACAUUUGGAAUGAUAUGAGGAGGAAACUUUGGGGCAUUGUGGAGAGCAAGUACUUCAGCAGGGGCAUUAUGAUUGCUAUUCUCAUCAACACCAUCAGUAUGGGCAUUGAGCAUCAUAACCAGCCCGACGAGCUGACCAAUGUCCUGGAGAUCUGCAACAUUGUCUUCACCAGCAUGUUUACCCUGGAGAUGAUCCUAAAGCUGACUGCUUUUGGCUUCUUUGAGUACCUGAGGAACCCCUACAACAUCUUUGAUGGCAUCAUUGUCAUCAUCAGUGUGUGUGAGAUCAUCGGCCAGGCAGACGGCGGUCUGUCAGUGCUGAGGACAUUCAGGCUGCUGAGGGUCAUUAAGCUGGUGAGGUUCAUGCCUGCACUGAGGCGGCAGCUGGUGGUGCUGAUGAAGACGAUGGACAACGUGGCCACUUUCUGUAUGCUGCUCAUGCUCUUCAUCUUCAUCUUCAGUAUCCUGGGCAUGCAUAUCUUUGGUUGUAAGUUCAGUCUAAAGACAGAGGCAGGGGACACAGUGCCGGACCGGAAGAACUUUGACUCCCUGCUCUGGGCCAUCGUCACUGUCUUUCAGAUCCUUACCCAGGAGGACUGGAACAUGGUGCUGUACAAUGGCAUGGCAUCCACCUCGCCCUGUGCUGCUCUCUACUUCGUAGCUCUCAUGACAUUUGGGAACUACGUGCUCUUUAAUUUACUGGUUGCCAUCUUGGUUGAGGGUUUUCAAGCUGAGGGCGAUGCAAACCGCUCUUACUCGGACGAUGACAGGUCUUCCUGUAAUUUUGAGGAGAACGAUAAGCAGAAAGACUCUCUGCAUCUCUCAGACCCAAAGAUCUGUACACUAACCCCUAAUGGACACCUAGACCUGCCCCCUGGUCUGUUUCCAGGAGAGAGGUUGACCUUUGCUCUUGGCUCCAGGAAGAACAGCGUAAUUUCUCUUGGCAGGGCCAACCUGGAACAGAGGGCUUUGUAUCCAGGUCGAAGUUACCACAACUGGGGCCGUCCUCUGCCUCCCCAUCCUCAGGCCCUGUGGGCCCGUCGUUCCAGCUGGAACAGCUUGGGGGGAUGUCGCCCCUGCUCCUCCUCAUCUCCCUCCGCUAGUCCAGCCUUCAACCCCAUCUCUGCAAGGCCCUUCUAUGGCUACGGCCUGGGGGGUCUUGGUGGAGUGGUUGGUGGAAGCCUUCGUAUCCGGGGUCCCCGUGCCUCUUCAUCCCCGCAUCGCCACCUACACCAUGUCCACCCAGAUGAGGAGGAGUCUCUCCUCUCUCCUCCUCCUGUCGCUCCACGAUCUCUUCACCUUCCCCAUCCUGCACUCUCAGGCCACUUUGUACCCAGGAGGGACCGCAGAGCUCUGUCCCUAGAGCUGCCCCACCUACUGCAAGUCCCAGGGCCCCCGCACCCUCCACUGCCGCCACACCACCCACUGCCCCCCGUGACGCUCCAUGCUCACCACAGGAAGAAGAGCUUCUCUGGGGGGAUGGUAAUCAGUGGAGGUGGUGGCAGUGGACUUGACAGUCUGGGUGGCUUAGGAGGGGUAAACCAAGACUGUAAUGGGAAGACUCCUCUGUCUCAGCUUCUCCAACCCCCUCCUAGACACCCGACUGAGCAGGCUGGAGGGGCAAACCCCCAGAGUCAGCUGAUGGCUGACGUCUUCCCCCAGGUUAACACACGCAGCAAGGACCGGGAGGACCUGGAUGAUGACAUUGACUAUAGCUUGUGCUUCCGGAUACAGAGGAUGUUAGAAGUGUACAGACCGGACUGGUGUGAGACCAGAGAGGACUGGUCUGUCUUCCUAUUCUCCCCACAGAACAAGUUCAGACAGAUGUGCCAGUCCAUCAUAGCCCAUAAGCUGUUUGACUAUGUGGUGUUGGCGUUUAUCUUCUCCAACUGCAUCACAGUAGCUCUGGAGAGGCCCAAGAUACUACAGGGCAGCUUGGAAAGAGUCUUCCUCACCAUCUCUAACUACAUCUUUACUGCCAUCUUUGUGGGGGAGAUGACACUCAAGGUGGUUUCCAUGGGUCUGUACGUGGGUGAACAGGCUUAUCUGCGGAGCAGCUGGAACAUUCUGGAUGGCUUCCUGGUUUUUGUGUCUUUGAUUGACAUUGUUGUGUCCAUGGCGGGUGGGGCCAAGAUCCUGGGUGUACUCAGAGUACUCAGGUUGCUCAGAACAUUGCGUCCCCUCAGGGUGAUUAGCAGAGCUCCAGGUCUGAAGCUGGUGGUGGAGACCCUCAUCACCUCCCUCAAACCCAUUGGCAACAUUGUCCUCAUCUGUUGUGCAUUCUUCAUCAUCUUUGGCAUUCUUGGGGUACAGCUGUUUAAAGGAAAGUUCUUCUACUGCUUCGGCCCUGAUGUCAAAAACAUCACCAACAAGUCUGACUGUCUACAAGCCAACUACAAGUGGGUCCACCAUAAGUACAACUUUGACAACCUGGGACAGGCUUUGAUGUCCCUGUUUGUACUCGCCUCCAAGGACGGCUGGGUUAACAUCAUGUAUCAUGGCCUGGAUGCUGUGGCUGUGGACCAACAGCCGGUGACCAACAACAACCCAUGGAUGCUGCUGUAUUUCAUCUCCUUCCUCCUCAUCGUCAGCUUCUUCGUCCUCAACAUGUUUGUUGGCGUGGUGGUGGAGAACUUCCACAAGUGCCGGCAGCACCAGGAGGUGGAGGAGGCUAAAAGGCGUGAGGAGAAGCGUCAGCGGCGCAUGGAAAAGAAGAGGAGAAAAGCCCAAAAGCUGCCCUACUAUUCCAGCUAUGGCCAAAUACGCCUGAUGAUCCACACACUGUGCACAAACCACUACCUGGAUCUCAUCAUCACCUUCAUCAUCUGCAUCAACGUAAUCACCAUGUCCUUAGAGCACUACAAUCAACCUCAUUCUCUGGAUCUGGCCCUGAAGUACUGCAACUAUUUCUUCACCUCCACUUUUGUGCUGGAAUCAGUACUCAAACUGAUCGCCUUCGGCUUUCGACGCUUCUUCAAAGAGAGGUGGAACCAGUUGGACCUGGCCAUUGUGCUUCUGUCAGUGAUGGGCAUUACCCUGGAGGAGAUUGAGAUCAGUGCUGCCCUGCCCAUCAACCCCACUAUCAUCAGGAUCAUGAGAGUGCUGAGGAUAGCACGAGUGCUUAAGCUGCUGAAGAUGGCAACAGGAAUGAGAGCCCUGUUGGAUACAGUGGUCCAAGCCCUGCCUCAGGUGGGUAACCUGGGCCUGCUCUUCAUGCUACUGUUUUUCAUCUACGCCGCCUUAGGAGUAGAGCUUUUCGGAGAACUUGUUUGCAACGCAGACUAUCCAUGUGAGGGAAUGAGUCGUCACGCUACCUUUGAGAACUUUGGCAUGGCCUUCCUUACUUUGUUUCAAGUCUCCACGGGCGACAACUGGAAUGGCAUCAUGAAGGACACAUUGCGGGAGUGCCCACCAGACCAUGGCACCGAUGUGGACUAUGCCUGCAAUCCUAGCCUUCAGUUUAUCUCGCCCAUGUACUUUGUCUCCUUCGUGCUCACCGCCCAGUUUGUGCUCAUCAAUGUGGUGGUGGCCGUGCUGAUGAAGCACCUGGACGACUCCAACAAGGAGGCCCAAGAGGAGGCGGAGAUGGAUGCAGAAAUUGAGCUGGAGCUGGCCCAGGGCACCCUCUGUUGCAUGGGCGCCCCCAGCUGUGGGGGUGCGAGGAUGGACAAAGGACUAGUUGCUGCUGGAUCAGGGCCUGGAGGUACAACAGGGGGGAAGGAAAGAGGAGUUCUCAGAGGAGAGAGGGGUGAAGGAGUGGGCAGGAUGCGACAUGCAGCAGCCUCUUCGCGCCCAGGAACGUACAGCUCCUGUGACUCCAGCCGAACUCUGUACUCACCAGCACAAGAGAGCCAGUGGCUGGACAGCGUAUCUCUCCUGAUCAAGGAUACAUUGGAGGGGGAGAUGCUGAUGAUCGACAACCUCUCCGGUUCUGUCUUCCACCACUACUCCUCUCCUCCACCAAUCUGCAAAGACUGCAAGGGCCACCCGCAAGAGCAGAUCAGGAUGGCAGAGAUUGAGCAGGCAUCGCUGAAGUCAGAGCAACUGUCAGACAAGUCCUCGUCCCCUGCCCUGCCAGAUGACCUCAGCUUGGACGAACAUACUGCUUACCAGCUGCUGGCGCGAGAGGGCAAGGGAAGGUGCAGCAGUGACUCCCGCAGCUCGGAGGAGGCUGGAGGUGGAGGGAGUCAUGCAGGAGGCCAUCAGACUCAGAGUGUGGUGCAGAGCCAGCCCUGCCGGUCCCUCAGCACUGGCAUUGAGAUGGAGACUGCACUGCAGGAGAUGGAGAUGCAAACACACCAACCACAUAUGUACUCACCUCACUGUAGCCCUGGUGGCGUUUCCAGCAGCAGCAACAAGGGAAGAAACAAAGAGGGAGAAGGAGGAGCUAGUGGCAUUUCUCCUCUCUUCCAUCUGCCUGCAGAGUUCUUCCACCCUGCAGGAGCCGCCAUCCCAGCACCUCCCCGCAGUAGGAGCCUACGGUUGUCAAGGGGCCUUAGGCUGACCUCCCCGGCCUCCUGGGCUUCACUCCGCUCCCCAGGAGCCCAUAGCAAGAUGCUCUGUACACAGUACCCAUCCCACAGUGACUCAUCCCUUGCUACAGGCAGCUCUGAGGGCAGCCUCCAGACCACCCUGGAAGAAGGACUGAGCUUCAGCGUCUCUCCACCACAGAACUUGGAGCUGCCUUUGCCAACAGCUCCGUUACCACUCACGUGCCCACUCCAGCUGCCUGAAGACAGCACGGCCAUUUCCUCCCUAGUCCAGACCCUGAGACCACGGCCGAGCCCCUCAUCAGCCCUCACCCUCCAGGCCACCAGGGGCCACCAGCGGAGCCAGAGCAGUGGCCGAGGUAGCACAAGCCCGGGCUAUACCCGUGAUGACUCAAUUGACCCUUCAGAUGAGGACCUGGGCAUAGGCAUUGGAUCGUCAAUUGGUGGAUGUGGCUCCAGCCAAGCGGGCAACAGUGAACACUUGUCAGAGACACUGAGCAGCUUGUCGCUGACAUCACUGCUGUCACCUAGCUCUCUGGUGUACCCGGGAGGAGCAGUGAAGAAGUGCAACAGCACAGGCAGCCUGGAACAAGGGGGGAUGCUGAUGUCAUCCAGGGGCAGGGAGGGCCGCAGGGAGAUUCUAGGCCUAGAGCUUAUGGACCCCCAAGGCUUCUUGGCCAACCCCUGGACAGGGGCAUUAGUUGACACAAGAAGAGGAGAAGGAAGAGGGGAAAUAGGAGAUGGUGAGCAAGGGUUCAAAGGGAAGAGCUCAAGCCAAACAACAGUAGGGCCAUGUCGGAAAAACAGAUGAAACCUACUGUUUUCUCUUUCUUUGUCUUUCCAUUCCUUGGAUCUAAACCCAUUGCUGUCCCUCUCACUCUCUCUGUUCCCAGCAGUGAGAGAGAGGCUUGAUGACACACGAUGUCCUGUAUCCCAAAACCAAACCCUCAUCUUGCCCCCUCAACCCCUUUCUAUACGUUUGUGACAAGCCCAUGUCCUAUUUUGUGCUACCUAGGGGAGUGGUCUUGGUUAUAGCCUGCUGGUGAGGAAGUGGCCUGCAGAGUUAAGGCCCAAGUGCUGAAGAUAGGUCCUCUGUACCUGUAGAGGAGGCCAUGGAAGGUUCUGCUCACAUUGGAAGACCAGGAGGCCCAUUCAUAUCAGGGAGUCAAUUGAAGCAGAAACAAAAGAGCUAAAACUCAAUGACACAAGAAAGAGUCUUGUUGUUGCUCUACUGUAGUUUCCUUUUCUCCGUGUUGGCUCGGGUUCACUGAGGUUGAAAAUGCAAAAAUAGGAGUACCCAAACUGAAAUAGCUAUCCAUGCUAACAGAGACUGUUUUGAUUCGUUUAUGUCUCAGAGGCAGUGCAGCAAGUAAGAGGGAGGAGCUCGGAGAUGGCGGAAUAUAUCAAGGCGGAAGGAAGGCUGGGAAAGGAAAAGGCAGGUCAUUUGUUGGCUGGGCAAGCAGAAAGCGGAUCUAAUGUCCAUCUGUUCUGGCAGACGGAAACAACAGGUCCUACUCACUCUGGCACAGGACCUUCUGCUGAGUUCAGAGUAAAAUGCAAGGUGGAGGAGAGUUCAAGAGGGUGUGCUUAUUUUGUGUGUUUGUGUGUGAGAGCACUGCCUCAGGUAACCAAGGCAUGAAUUAAAUUAUUCUCAUCACUUCACCAUGCCUCUGUAUUUUUGAAACAGGAGAUAGGUAUUGACUGAUCGAAGCUUUGUGCCUCUGUCAACUUAGUCUUGAGUGGCAGCGGAAAAUGAAAAGAAAUUGACAGAUUGCAGAGGUAUAACCGUGCAUGGAGUGAUUCGUGAAAUUGGUUAUUUUUCUUUCUAUCUCCAGCAUCUCGCACUCACUCAAAAAUAAAAAAAUGAGUAGAACCAGGUUGGAUGGAGCUUUAUAAACCCCAUCAGAAGAAACAAUAAUGUGUUCCUCGGGCAGCCUUGUGUGCACCAAAAAAUGGUUCACAGCUACUUAAUAAAGUGAGACUUCAAGCACACUCUUUUUGACAUCACUUCUUCUCACCAUGCUUAAGGAUUUAAGAUGGAUGGACCAACCCACGAGAGUUGAGAGGGACCUUGACUGCAUGAUGGAAUUGCAUUUAACCAAGAUUUUUAUCUAUAUACAGAAGUGUAUCAAGAUGUCAAUGUCGGGUGAUAACGAUGUGAUUUCUAUUCCACUAUUUUUGUAGAAAAGAGAAUAGGCACGUGCAAGUGUUGCCGUUACUUUGUCCCUAUUUAAUUUAACCUGUACGUUCUCUUUGACUUGUUGUCUAGGACUUUUUGUCUGCCAGUGGCUUCCAGUUUUAUAAAGAUUUUUAAGGUGUGGACAGUGUAUAAAACAACUAAGCAAAAAAUUUCAAACAAACUUUGUGCGCUAAAGUGAUUGUUCCCUCCAGCACAUUUCUCUUUGGGAACACUGGUUCCCUCGUGGAUUUUUUUCAAAUGUUGUCCCAGGGGACAACCAGAGAUGGGAACAGCCAUAUUCACUCAGCACAUGAGGAUCGUUCUAGCUCACAGACAUUCCUGGCGGCACGCAGGGAACUUUGUUUGCUUUUAGCCUCCUAUGCUAAAAACCAUGAAUAGCAUAAACCAUCUCUAUGAAAGCUUUAAUUUGAGAGUUACACCACAACAUAUCGAUUACGGACACAUUAGUGUUCCUUAAGCAUGGUUCUGGGAUUGCAAUACAGUAUGCUUAUUCUUGAAAUGACACCCUGAUGCACUCAUAUUCUCUUCCCCAUCUCUGUACACAUACAGUAUGUUGUAGCAACCCUUUCACACACCAUUGUUUGAUAUCAAAAGCUGACACUGUAACAACAAACAAAACUUUGCAUCUUUUAAUGCACAAUUAUUUUGGCUUCUAUCACUUGAUUAAUUACUCCAUCCAAAAAGGAGAUGCUCAUCUUUAAGCCUGAUUUCUAGAGGUAGACUGUUGUAUCCCUAGUGUUUUGAUCAUUACCUUGCUUUUUUUAAUUUCUCAAAAAGAAUGAGGUGAUGUGAGAAAAUCUGAGGGUUUGACCUUUUUUAUCAUGCAAAAUCACUUUGAUGACUAUGUUUUAUCACAUGGUGUUGGGUAUUAAUGAGUGUUAGUCAAGACAGUUGUGUGGGUGUGUGUGUGUGUGUGUAUGUGCGUUUAUGACUUCAGGUGAAGUGAUUGCCUUUUCCUGAAGUGUCCUGUAUGUCAGCGAGGAUACCUGAGAUUAAAGGUUGAAGAGAGAAAAAAUGAAGCAACCAAGGGCUGUUUUAGCUUCAAAGAUAUAUCCGCCUAUCUUUCUGAGACAAAUCCUUGUGUCACUGAAUAUGGCAUCAAAGGUUAAAGCCUGACUACGCAGCAAUAAAUGUUCUAUGUGUAUGCCCUGAGUAAAUGAUGUCAAUGUGAUUUUUAUCUCCUCAGAAUACAACAGUAUACAUUACUGUAUGUUUUUGCUUCUACUUGUCUGGACUUUCAACCAAUCAAAUAGCACCUCUGCCCUCUCAGAGACCAAUCAGUAGAGAGAUGGGCUGCAAUUGGACGAACAAAUGAGGUAAUUGAACUCAGGUCGGGGGGUAAAAACCACUAGUAAAAUUUUAAAGAUAGCUGUAAAGGUGUGCUCAGACUGAACUCGAAGCGAAUUUUCCUCUCGCUUUAUUCGCACAAAUUUGACUGCUGGAGUGUUUAUAUGCUACAAACAGCCAACGCACCCUCAGUCCAGAUGUUAGCUGCAACUACCUAACAAUGCGCCAUCUGUGUGUGUGAGCAGAGUGUGCCUUUGUACAGUAUGUGUGUGCUACAACUCUGACUCAGACUGAUUUCGAAACCUACCAGGAUCUCAAUUUGUUUCUGUUAUUUUCCCCCAGACUCUAUUUUCUUGUCUCUGUACGUUGAAGAAGUGGAGUACAAUAGCUCGGGAUAAGCACACAUUUUUUGCUAAUGUUUCAACAUGUUCAACUUGUGCAGAGAAGUUUUUGCUUCACUUCACACUGCCUUGAGCGAACCUGUGCCCACCUCUACAUUGAAUUUGUAUGCAAUCACGCCGCCUCUAAAAUUAGCUUUGUGUUCAGUCUGAACACACCUUAAGAGUGUACAAUUCACAUUUGUACAUAUCUUUGUAUUUUGAUCUGCAUGUGUGCAUUGCUGCCAGUGACCAUGAUUAUAUCAUUAGUAUGCAUUUCAUAAAAUUGUACAAAGUUAAAGGGAAUGCCCCAGUGUUUUUUGACUGCUGCUAUGAAAUCACUAAAAAAAUAAUAAGUCCAAGCCACAAAAAACUUUCUUCUUCCAACACAUCAUUGAUUAUGAUAGUAAAAUCAUUAAAAAAAUACAUUUUUGGGUAAUUAAAAGCUGCUGUUCAGUCUUCAUCUUUAUACCUGUUAUUUACAUUUAAACGAACAAGUAUCUGAUAUGUGAGGAACGGGAAAAGAGGUUAAGUCAGGACAGCCUAAAGCAGGAAAGAGAAAGCAAGUGACAAGACAGAGUCACAAAAGCAGAACCUGUACAGAGUAUUCGUGGACAGCCGGACAGAGUAAAGCUAACAAACAGUGAGAGAGAGAGGUAGUGAGAUGCUGCAGGAGCAGGAGACUUCUCCAGACAGCUUGUCAUCGGCAGCCUUGCCCAGCGGAGCCGCCAGUGCGAGAGAGCACAUUAGGCAUGCACGCUGAACUCCGAGGUGUUGUUUACCUCACACCCCCAACCAGGCAGCCCUCCACCUCAUCUAACCUCUCAAAACCAGUCCUCCCCGCAGGCCCCUGUCCUUCAAAUGUCACUGCAGGAGGGUGGAGAUGUGUGUGGUGAGCGGUAAGUGUGUUUCUGUCUUGGAGACUGUGAGUGCGCUCGUGGGUGUGUUGAUGCGAGCAGGAAACAAGUGUGUGCGAGUGGAUGUGUCAGUGCUUCAGUCGUCUGCAAGGUCUUUAAAAGAAGUGUCCUGUCAUCUGAAUUUUUGGGGCAUUAACUCUGCUUUGCCUUCCAUCACCUGAAGAGAAGAAGUGACCUCUUGUAACAUAAAAUUCAAACGUCAGUAUCCAGUAAGCCUCUUGGGGGCUUGUGUGUGCUGAUUUGAUUGAUUUCAUUCAAUAUCAACACACUAAAAGUACCCUGAGACGUCAAGGCCCCUUGGGUGUAAGAGAAUUUUUUCACCUCAUCUGGAAACCCACUGGUUUUGUCUCAGCUGUAACCUUUAUAUUGCUUCUGUACAGCACGACAUAGGUUGUAGUUUUACAGCUGCAAGGGGAGAUUUUAUAUGUGAAAUUGGAAACAAGCAUUCAAACGCAUCAAUCAAGGGGAUUUUUUGGAGGCAAGGAUGAAUUGAAUUAAAGUGGGUUAACGCAGGAAUCAAAAACAAAUCCUAAUUUCUAGGUCAAAAAGGUAGUUGGAAAAUCAAGAGAAGUACUGUGCUGUCAAAGGAAUCCCUACCCUAAGUUUUGUCAAACACAAGUCUGAUAAACACGGCCCAAACAGGUGUGUCUCAUUAAUGUGUUGUUGCACAACAGGGAGGAACUGGAAACUUCUGACAAAAAUCCAACUUAUUUUCAUAGACGUGUUGCUUUUUUUCCCCUUUUUCCUGGGGGAAGUGUGAAGCUUUUUAUUCAAAAAGUGAGUCAAUUAGGAGUUUGUUUUUAGUGCUCUGUCACCUAAUGAGUCGCUUAAUCCGGCAGAAUGUCUUUGAUGUGUGGCGAAGUGACCCGAUUUUGCUGCUUUAAGCAGGGAACGUGGACCAUGAAAAAGCGAGAUCAAGCUGCUAUUGUUUGGAUGCAACACACUCGGAGAGGACAAACUGAAGGGACAGCGAGCAUUAUGGGAAUUUCUACCUAGAAGUGUUGCAGAGAGAUUUUGCUUCACUCUGAAGGGUUGAAAUAAUGAAGAUAAAUGAAUGGUGUUCUAUUUUCUAAUACUGUUUGAUGGGAUUAUAAUUGAACAUGCUAACAUUUUACCUCGGAGCAACAGUUGUCCCUCACUCCAUCUCUGUCUUUUCUGCAAAAACCUUUUACCCACACCUGAGUCUUUCUUGACACACACACAUACAUCAAGGCCAUGUAUGGAAACCAGCUCCUGUCAGCCGUCAAGGCUAACUGCCCAGGGAGUUGUCCAGACCCAUUGAUUGUAUCACAGGCUCGAGGGAGAGAGCCAGAUAAAGGCGGGUUGUGAAGGUGGCACAACAAAAGGAUGAAUGAGGUGCCACUGAAAUGAGCUGACGGUAUAAGAUCAAAGAAAAUGGCUGUCAAUCUCCAGAUGAUAUUUAAACUCUCUGAAAUCUGAACUACUUCUAAGGAUUUUUUUUCUCUUCCGAGUGUCUCUUUGUUGCUUGUUCCCCCUCUCUGUCUCUCUUCUCUUUCCCAUUAUCAUCCAUUUCCACCUACCCCCUCCACCCCCCUCUUUUAAACACUUAAAUGCCCAGUCCAUCUCUCUCUCUCUCUCUCUCUCUCUCUCUCUCUCUCUCUCUCUCUCUCUCUCUCUCUCUCUCUCUCUAUCACCACCUAAACUCCUUUUGCUUUGACUUUCAGGGGAUGAAUUAAGAAGGUAGAGAAUCCACACUCUCUAUCUGCACUAAUUCCAACAGGAAGCUCUCCGGCCUUAACAAACUUUCCCAUAAUUUGCACAUCAGUGUCAGUAGGCAAACAUAUAAGGACAGAAAUCAUAAAUGUACAUAUGUAGACAUGUACAUACACCCACCCAGGCACACAUAUUCUCCAUCUUCUCCUCCACACAUACACGCACGAACUAGAGAUCCACUCCCUUGUUGCACUGCAAGGGAGUGUGCUUGUCUGAGGAUCAGUGCUAAUGGCUGAAGCUUAUCCCUUCACAAACUGCCCCCCCACCCCAUUUUCCCUAUUUCUUCCGCUCUACCUCUGCAACAUAAAGCCAUUAGCGGAAAAAAGAGAAGCAGUGACAGCUGAAACCAUGAGAUUGGGAGCAAUGCUGACACUGCUAGUUCCAGCCUCGCUGCGCUUUCAUCACAAUAGAUGAUUGACUGGUUUUCUCAACACCUGGCCCGCUGUUUUGUAAGAUAAUAGUGAAAAAUAAUGCAGCAACAUUGUUGAGAGACUGGUUUAUGCUUUGAAAGAUUUAUACGAAGAGAGCUCCGGCAGUGCAGUCAUAUGCCGUUUUUUCAACACAGAUAUGAAAUCCCAGUUCAAGCUGUCAUAUCUCUGCCUUGUCUGAAUUUAGAACUCUGCGAUUUCUCUUAACAUGAAGGUUGGCAAAACUCCCUCAGUAUUUCAAAGGAAUCCACUUAUUACAUUUACUGCUGAGUGGUAAGAAUGAUUGAGCGCAUCAGCAACAAACAAGUUGCUGACCUAUAUUUCACCUGCAAAACCCUGCAAAAACAAAAACAAACUAAGACUUAAAACAGCUAUAAUCUCCAUUUUAUGAUAACAAUGUAUCAAAUGACUGUGAGAACAAUGUGAUGGACCUACAGAGAAAUAUCACCUGAAUCUUGGCUUCGGGGAGCUUUAGUAAGUUUCAGUUCAUUCUUGUUUCUUGUUUUCUUGUUGUCAAAAAAGUAAUAACAAUAAUAAUAAAAGAAAAUCCUAAA